GAACCAAGGAAAAUGUCUGGCUGAUUCAUCAAGAAACAAUCCAUGGCGGUCCUGCUGACCCGUGAGCACAAGGUUUGCGAUGAGUCUUUUCCAAACCUGGACUUGCACGGUUUCUGGUAUUUCUAAUUUCCUUGCACGCAAUGCUGGUAUGAGAGAGUUUAAUAAAUUAAAUAUUACUUUGCUCCCAAGGUCACGCCGAUGCGAUAACGAUUUUAUUGAAGACUGCCUUCCACGAACCAGUGAGUCAUCCACUUCCCACUAGCCUCGCUUCCGUCAUCGUAGCCCACCUGCUUCGACGAUGAAACAAUCUCAAGUCGCUUCGAACGGCCGCAGCGAUGCUUCCCUCUCAGGUUGGAGUCCCGAUUCGCUGCGCACCGAGCUAGCAGGAUGGCUCCAGGAUCGGAUUGUGCAGGCGGAUACACAAUUUCGGAGCGGGCUGUCCGGUGCGCGAUGGCCUUCGCAUGUCAGGACGGAGAAUGCGAAGGCGCGGGGAACAAGCAGCGGUAGCUCUAGUCACGGGAGCAGAAGGAAGGUGGAGGGGUGGCGGGAGCAGCAGCAAGCGCUCCAUCGCAUCUUUGACUUUUGGAGACGAGCCGUACAUCUAUAUGGCAGUUAUAAGCUAUGCCAGGCGCGCGUGCGCCUGGGCAGGUUGAGCGAGGAACAACGCAAGGCGGCCUGGGAGGAGCAGCACGAGCGGGGGGCGGAGAUACUGCACUCGCUGUGCACGGAGAUGCAGGGGUUCUUUCUUAAGGCGGGUCAGUUCCUAGCCAAGCCAGACAUGUCCCCCCCUGCAUGGGUACGUCGCCUUGCCCCCCUCCACGACAGUGCGCCUGCUGACCCCUUCCCUCUCGUCAGACACAACAUUGAGGCUGAGCUGGCACGCGCUGACGUGGCUGGGAGUGACGUGGCGAGCGCUGACGUGGUACGGAUACGGCUAGAAGACGUGUUUGCCGAGUUUGAGGAGGAACCGGUUGGGUCUGCGUCCAUUGCCCAGGUGCACAGGGGCAAGCUGAAGGAUGGCCGCAGCGUUGCAAUCAAGGUGCAGAGGGCGGGUGCAGAGCGCCUGAUGCUGAUGGACCUGGCGAAUCUGCGGCUCUUUGGCGCCUUCCUGCAGAAGGCAGAGCUCAAGGUCGACCUGCUGGGGCCCAUCUCUGAGCUCGAGCAGCAGAUUCGGUACGAGUUUGACUUUGAGCACGAGGCAACAGCCAUGGAGCGAAUCAGACACGCGCUGGCUCAGCCUGUCCUAAGAGAGGCAGCGCGUGAUGGGCAAAAUGGGCACGGGCCCCGGCAGAGGGGGCAUAGGGAAAGGCACAGGGGCAGGGGAAGAGGCAGGCAUGGGAACACUGGGAAGAGCGGGGAUUUGAGACAUGGGGAUAGGCAUGGGGGUGGGGAUGGAGCGGAGUUGGACACAAGUGCGUCACCUGUCAUCGUUCCAGCAGCCAUACCUGGCCUUGUCACUAGAGGACUUCUGGUGAUGGACUUCAUUGACGGCACGCCCAUCCUGAGGCUCCCGGAGGAGAUGAGAAGGAGAGGGAUCAGCCCCAAUGGCAUGCUGGCCAGACAGGCCAAGAGUCACAUCUUCUCCGCCCUAUCAUCCGCCUAUGGUCGCAUGAUGCUGUGCCACGGCCACUUCCAAGCCGACCCCCACCCGGGCAACAUCCUGGUGUGUGACGGGGGCCGGGUGGCUCUGCUGGACUACGGGCAGACGAAGCAGCUGCCCGAGGCAAUGAGGCUGAACCUGGCUCGCUUGGUGGUGGCGAUUGCAGACCAAGACAUGGGCGCUGUGGGCAUGUGCUUCAGGGCCAUGGGCAUAGAGACGGCCAAGACAGCAGGGGAGGACCCCAACAGCUUCCGCCGCAUGGCAAUGAUCAUGUUUGACACGGGGAGCGGUAACGGUGUUACCAGCGCCAAUCCCUUUGGAGCGGAGAGCUCGCUGAAAAGCAAUGCAAUGAAGUCUUUCCCGUCCGAUAUCUUCUUUAUAGUGCGCACCAUGAUGCUGCUGAAGGGCCUGGCGACUGGGAUGGGUCUGUCCGUGUCCACUGCCAAGCAGUGGCGCCCCAUGGCCCUGCGGGUGCUUAGAGAUGCAGAUAGGCAUAGACAUAACCCCUGAGAGGGAUAGAUGGAGUAGGGGGGUUCUGUAGUAUAUUGCUAGGCAUAAAUAUGUAUGUAUCCACUGCCAAGCCGUGGCACCCCAUGGCCCUGCAGGUGCUCAGAGAUGAAGCUAUAAAUGGACAUAACCACA